ACUGCUGUCAACUAAUGUCACUACUGUGUUUUCACGUUUAUUUAUAAUAUAAAGGUUUUUUUAAAUUUUCAUUACAAAAGAUUUUUAUUGUGAUUUUUAUACAGUGAACUACGCACUGAGCUUUUAAUUACUAUAGAAUCACAAAAUUAAUUGAGAAAUAGAGCAGCGUUUAUCAUAGGUAACAGAGCUAAUUGAGUUAAUUUUUUAAUGGAUGUAAGGAAAGAGUAUAUCGUUUGUUUUCUUGAUACAUUAUAGACUAUUGUAAUAAUGAUAAAUUAUAACAUUAAUAUAAACGAUUACAAGGUUGUAUCUCCAUUGUCCCAGUGUUUUGAAGGGAAAGCAGCUGUAUAUUUAGCUCAACAUGUUCCAUCUGGAUCUAUGAUAGCUCUAAAAAAAUUUAAUAUGGAUGCAAUAAGAGAAGAUUCAUAUUUAGUCGAUGUUGAAAUCAUUUUAACAAGACAGUUACACCAUCCAAAUAUUUUGCAGUAUUUUAUUUCAUUUGUCCAAGGACCUGAAGUAUGGGUAAUAAGCCCUUUAAUGGCCUAUGGAUCCUGCAAAGAUUUGCUCAGUCAGCAUUUUAAUGAUGGAUUACCAGAACAAGCUAUUAUUAUAAUAUUAAGAGAUUUGUUAGAAGCAUUAAAUUACGUUCACAAGAAAGGAUUUAUUCAUAGGGCAAUUCGAGCUAGUCAUAUUUUGAUCUCACCAUUAGGAAAGGCAUGUUUAUCAGGGUUUAGGUAUUCUUGUCCUAUAAUUGUAAAUGGAAAGUGGCAAAAAACAAUUCAUUCCUUUCCUUCCAGUACUAAACCAAAUUUAAAUUGGUUAAGUCCAGAAUUGUUAGAACAGAAUUUAGUUGGAUAUAAUGAGAAAUCUGAUAUCUAUAGUGUAGGUAUGGUUAUUUGUGAACUGGCAAAUGGGUCUGAACCUUUUGCUGGUAUGUCCAAAACCCUAAUGUUGACAGAGAAAGUUAGAGGCUGCAUACCUCAAUUAUUAGACUGUACUACCAUACCUAGAGAGGAAGGCGAUGAUUUCAGUGGAGGAGAUUGUGAUAUAAGUCCAAAGAUAGUAAAUAGACGUUUCAGUGAUGAUUUACACAAAAUAGCUGAAAUAUGUUUAAAUCAAGAAUCUUAUUAUAGACCAACAGCAGAACAGUUACUUGCAGAUUCAAUUUUUAAAACAAUUAAAAAAUCAAUGCCGUUACCAGAUUUGCUUAAGCCUGCAUUACCUCUCAGCGAUAAAGUAGCAUAUAAUACAGAUGAUUUGGAAGAGCUGAAGAGUUUAAAUAAUUUCUCUAGUUUAGAAAUUUACUCCUGUGAAUGGGAUUUUUAAAACAGUGAUAGUAUUAUUUGUAGUUUAUUAUCUAAAAAGGUGCUGAAUGUAAAUUAUAUUAUGUAAUUUUUAAUGAAAUUAUUGUAAUUAGUGGUGGGAAUAAUCAGAUAUCAAUAAUCGAAUGAUUUGAUGAGCAAUCCCGAGCGUUACAAUGGUAACACUGUUAACGAAUAGCAAACAAAAAGCACCGAGCGGUAUUUCUGUAACGAUCAUGAUAUUAUACAGGCCUUCGAGUAACUGGAGUUUUAUAAUAUGUAAACAAAGAAUUGAACAAGAAAAAAAAAACAAAAGAAUAUGACCGAGGAUUGCUCAAAUGAUCAUUCUAUUAUUGGAAUCAGUUGGAAUCCUCCAUGGUAACACUCAACAAACAGUAGCACUUUAACUUACCAUGGUAACUUACCAUAUAACUGAAUUUAUAGUUAUAUUGUAAUAACAAUAAAUAAUUAUUUUAAACAA